AGGAUGAAGACUCUCCUCUUUGCCAUAUUCUUGGCUUGGGGGCUGCUGCAGGCUCAUGGCAGUGUUUUACAGCUGGAGCGGAUGAUCUGGUCAACCACAGGGAAAAGUGCCCUCUUCUCCUACAGCUGGUACGGGUGUUUCUGUGGAAUUGGGGGCAGAGGGACCCCAGUGGACCCCACUGACUGGUGCUGCCAUGCCCACGACUGCUGCUACAGGAAGCUGAGAGAGGGCAACUGCAGCCCCCUGAUAACCCCCUACAGCUUUGAGGUUGCCAACAAAGACAUCCUCUGCAGUAACAACCAGACGUGGUGUGAGAGAGAGAUCUGCCUCUGUGACAAGGCAGUGGCUUUGUGCUUCGCAAGCAAUUUGCAUUCCUACAAUAUAUCCUACCUCUUCUAUUUCAAGCUGAAAUGCCACAGCAAGAAACUUGAGUGCUGA